CUUCAUGCACGCUGCCUUUUCUUCUUCUUUUCUCUUCCUAUUAUUUUUUUUUAUUUUUUUUUAUUUGUAAGAAGUCGCUGUAUUUCAAAAAAGCGCACCAACCAACUCAUAAACCACCUCACAACGCACAACCGUCGCCUUUUCCUGCCAUCUCAACCAGUCAAGCAUUUCACCGGACAUUCCACCCAUAACAAUGUCGGAGAGCGGAGGAACCCAACCUCAAGCAGGUGGAGGAGCUCAAGGCCGAGGGAACCGAUCCCAGCCGAGAGGAAGAGGUCGGAGAGGCCGUGGGAACCAAGCCCGCGGAUCCCAGGGUCGCGGAACAGAGGCCAGUAAUGCCAUCACCACCGAGACUGCUCCGGCAGCGAGUAGACCGAACGACAACCCUGCUUCGGCAUCAAACGCCCCUUCUCGAGGACAAGGUCGACCCCGAGGAGGAGGCGGAAGCAGUGAUAGAGGCAGAGGCAGAGGCAGUGGUGGAGGCAGGGGACGAGGGAGAGGGAGAGGACGAGGGCCCGGGCUCAACCGUGAGCGUGAAUGCGGAACGGGCUCUGGCUCGGAUAGGUUUGGUGCAGUCAUUCCCGGGACUCGCAGGACCUUCGGUGGCCAUUUGACCUCCGAGCCACCUAACCCAGAGGAGUCCGUAGCCGGGCCGUCCGUCGCUGGAGGGCUGAGUGCAGAUGCUCCGGAAUUCGUUCCGGGUCAGCCCGUUGUACGGAAAGCACCGCCACCAAAACAAAGGGCACCGCAACCUCGGUAUCCCUUGGCGCCCAAGUCCACCGCCGAGGACCUGCCUACUCGGAUUCACGAGGACAUUCACAAUGGACAGUACGAGUGCGUCAUCUGCUCCAGCGAGGUUCUGCGUUCCUCGCGCAUCUGGUCGUGCACCCUGUGCUGGACCGUGGUCCACCUAUCCUGCGUCAAGAAGUGGCACAAAAGUCAGAUCGAGAAGAAGGACCAGCAAGACCAGCAGCAGCAACAGCAACAGCAAGACCAGAACCUCCCGAAAUCAUGGCGCUGUCUGGGUUGUAACUCCGGCCUCACCGAAGAGCCUAGCUCGUACCACUGCUGGUGUGGGAAGGACAUCAACCCAACCCAGGUCGCCAGCUUGCAACCUCACUCUUGCGGACAGACCUGCAUGAAACCGCGGGGCACUUGCCCGCAUCCGUGCUACGAGGAGUGUCAUGCCGGCCCCUGCCCUCCUUGUGCACUUAUGGGACCCGCUCAGUCUUGCUUCUGUGGCAAGCAUGAGGUCACCAAACGAUGCGUCGAUACCGACUACGACAACGGUUGGGGCUGUGGCGAGCCUUGCGGCGACUUGCUCCCCUGCGGCGACCACCCGUGUUUACAGAAAUGCCAUCCCGGUCUCUGCGGCACUUGCGAAGUGCCUGUUCUGUCCACGUGCUAUUGCGGAAAGGUCCGAAAGGAAAUCCCCUGCGAUAGACGAGGUGAACCACGGGCUUCCUUCAACUACGGCCAGCUCAAGGACGAGAGUGAGAAUUCGGGGGCCGGGGAAGCUCCUCCUCCUCCUCCUCCUUUGGGGCCGUUCGAUGGAAUCUUCGACUGCGGCGCCGUAUGUGGCCGGACAUACGAUUGCGGGCACCAUCAAUGUGAGAAGACAUGCCACCCUCAGGACGAGACUCAACCACACUGCCCUCUCUCUCCCCAUGUCGUGCACUAUUGCUUCUGCGGGAAGACGCCGCUCCACGAGCUUCUGGACCAGCCCAGGCAAUCCUGCGAGGACCCGAUCCCCCAUUGCGAGAAAGUCUGCGGGAAGCUCAUGGAUUGCGGCCAUAACUGCGACAGGACCUGUCAUACCGGCCCCUGCCUAACCUGCGAGCAAAUGAUGGAAAUUGCCUGCAGGUGUGGCCGUACCACACACGAGAUGCCCUGCCAAGGGGCAGACCCGAGCCCUCCCCUGUGCACGAGGGUCUGCCAGGCCCAGUUGAACUGCGGGAGGCACCAGUGCGGCAAGCACUGCUGCCCGGGUGAAAAGAAGGCCAUCGACAGACAGGCCGCGAAACGAAAGAACCGAACCCAGGCCGCCUCCGCCUCCGCCGCAGCCGCCGGCGCCGAGGAUAUCGAAGCCGAACACAUCUGCAUCCGCGCCUGCGGGAGGACGUUGAAAUGCGGAGCCCACCAGUGCCAACGCGUCUGCCAUCGGGGACCCUGCCCGAGCUGUCUCGAGGCUAUCUUCGAAGAGAUCAGCUGCAACUGCGGCCGAACCGUCCUCCAGCCGCCGCAGCCCUGCGGGACUAGACCUCCCGAGUGCCGGUUCAGUUGCACGCGACGACCUCCCUGCGGCCACCCUCCCGUCGAGCACAACUGCCAUCUCGACGAUGUGCCGUGUCCCAAGUGUCCGUUCCUGGUGGAGAAAUCUUGCAUCUGCGGAAAACAGCGUCUGAAGAACCAGCCCUGUUGGUUUGAUGAGGUUCGUUGCGGGCUUCCCUGUGGGGAGAAGCUCAAGUGCGGCGCCCACACCUGCAAGAAGACUUGUCAUCGACCGGGCCAAUGUGAGGAUGCCCAGAUACUAGGUUCUCACUGCGGCCAACCUUGCGGCAAGCCUCGGAAGUCAUGCGGACAUGCAGACCAGGAUACCUGUCAUGCCCCCUAUCCAUGCAAGGAAGACAAGCCGUGCCAGUCCAAGACGUUCAUCACCUGCAGCUGCCAGAACCGCAAAAAGGCAGUCAAAUGCCUCGCCACCCUGUCGAACCCAGACCCGGAGCGCGAGGCGCUGAAAUGCGACGACGAAUGCCUCCGGCUGCAGCGGAACCAGCGCCUGGCCGCCGCCCUCAACAUCGACCCGGCCACCCACACCGACGACCACAUCCCCUACUCAGACACCACCCUCCGCUUCUUCCGCGAGAACAUGCGCUGGGCCGAGACCCAGGAGCGCGAGUUCCGCGUCUUCGCCUCGGACGGCGCCGAAAAGCGCCUCCGCUUCAAGCCCAUGCCGGCCGCCCAGCGCGCCUUCCUCCACGCCCUCGCCGAGGAUUAUGGCUUCGACUCCGAGAGCCAGGACCCGGAACCCCACCGCCACGUGUGCAUCUUCAAGACGCCCCGUUUCGUCGCCGCCCCUCCCAAGACCCUCGCGCGGUGCAUCAAGAUCCGCAACGCCCAGGCCCCCGCGCGCAGCGGCACUAGCACCGCCGCCGCCGCCCCCGACCAGGCCUCCCCAGCCCCACCACCACCCCCCUUCAACGCCCUCCUCCUCACAAGCCCCCGCUUCGCCCUCACGGUCGACGAGCUCGAAGCCGCCCUGGCACCCGACCUAUCCACGCACAACACCCUCGCCUUCACGACCAGCUUCCUCCCCUCCGACGAGGUCCUCGUCCGCGCCGCCCCGGUAACGAGCUGGGGCACCUCCCCCGCCGCCACCGAGGCCUCGCUCUCCGCCCUGAAGCCGCUCGUCGCGCGCACCCUCGCCAGGGAAGGUCUCGCGGGCGCCGCGUCCCUCGUGCAUGCCGACGCAGACUUGAACGUCAUCCGCCGCGAGACGGACGCGGGGCCUCAUUCCGGUGGUGGUGGUAGUGGUAGUGGUAGUAACGGCGGCUGGAGCGCCGUGGCGGGUCGUGCCGCCGCCAGGCCGCGGCAGGUGAAGCCGCUCUCUGCGCUACGGACGGAGGGUCGGCCGGCUAGUGGGUUCGUGAGCUUUUCCAAGGCGCCCAGGAGGAAGCUUGUGCAGGAGGGUGAGAUGGAGGAGGAUUGGGAGGCUGCGGCGGAGAAGAUGGACCCCGAGGGUUGAGGUGGGUUGUUCUGGAGGGCCGUGGGGAUGUAUCAACCACGUAGCGAGAUGUCAUUUUAGUGAAGGCGUAGAGUCCGAAUCCCUUACAGCCGUAUCUCGGCUAUGGGUCAACUAGAGAG